UCGGUGCAAUAUUGUUAACGAGCGGAGAUAGUCGUUCCCUUCCUGUAAGCUACAGAUAAUUAUAUUGUAGCUGGAUAACUAGUUAAAAUCGGAUACAAUGUGUCACUGCGCCGUAUAGUUUAUGGUGUGGUUUACAUUGUAGCAUUCAACAAAACAAUUGUGUUCUGGAUGCGCAAUGUAUUACUUAGGUACAAUAGACGGCCAGCGACACUCCCUGAGAGAAGUCUAGACGGCUAACUUAAUAGCUUCAGGGAGCAGAAACGGAUGUCGUAGUUAUGUUAUCCCACAUAUAGCUUGUUGGUGUUAUUAUUCAAGGCUCUGAACUUACAUAUAUAUAGCCCACUAACAACUUGAGCAUCUUUAUGUUUUGAAGCCUUAUGGCAUUUUCCCACGGACUCAAAAGCAUCUCAGACAUUUGGCUCAUUGUUCCACCAAUAAAAUAAAAAGUCUCCCAGCGGGUGUGUAAAGCAGGCUAGGCAACUGUAUACUGUCUUUAACGUUUUGCUCUGCUCAGCAGUCUAUGGUUGUGUCAGCAUAUGCAUCAACAAACACAUUUUCCACCAUGAAGUUUUUUUUCCCCAGGACAAGCACAGAAGCAUGGGAAUAUGAUGAUGUUAUGUGGAUAUUCUUCUAGUCUGACCUUUUUUGGUAGCUGUGUUCUCAUGGGUCACAUGUCAUACAGGUCCCGCACUUGUUUUCUCAAACAAUGGUAGGAAAAGGGUCACUAAUGUUUCCUUCACUAGGACCUCUCCUAUAUGGAGUUCAGAUCCGCCUCGGCAGGUUCCCGCACUAUGGUCUAUACCCACACGCUUGUAAACUGCAGUAUACAUCUCUAUCCUAGAUUACAGUGUAUUUGUCUCUAUUGCACUUUCUUUCCCCAUCUCUUUCUCUGUCUCUCUUUUUUUCUCUCUCUUUCCACAGAGUUUGGGUUGUGCUGUGAGGUAAGCCAAGGCGACUCUCCCAUGUGUUUCUGUGGGACUGACUAUGCUGCUGUUGGUAGCACUGGUCAUGGUCUGUACUUACACUGUGGUAGCUGCCGAGGAGGCUGAGAACACCAGCCACAAACCACCACUCCACUACAGCAGCCUCGCGCUGCCACAGCACCAUAUCCCCUACUUCCUCCACAAUAACAAGAGAGUGGCCAGGCUCUGUCGAGAGGACCCGCUCUGCCCUUUUAAAGAUGCUCUGCCGGAUGUGUCGUCCUGCUGGGGGUAUGAGAAGAACUGUGCCCCAGAGAACCGCUUUGGCUAUCCUGUCUGCACCAAGAUCGACUCUGGAUGGGCUAGCUCAGUGGAGGCAGCCCAGGAGCUGUUCUGGAAACAGGCAGACUUUGGUUAUGUCAUGGAGCGCCUCAGUGAGAUGAAGACCCUCUGCAAGGCCACCAAUCCUGGAGAUUCAUCUCUGAAAUGCUCCAGCCACACUCGCUUCUGCAGGGCGACCAAUCUGUACCUGGACCUGAGGAACCCUCGCAGGGGUCAUGAGAGGUAUAAGGAGGACUUUCUCCAGGAGGGGGAGAUUGGGGGGCGUUGCAGUCUGAACAGCCGAGCGCUGGCCGCAGAAGGAGAGCACAAGAGCCCUCUGCAGUCCUGGUAUGCUGAACUGCAGGCAUACACAGAGCUGGACUUCAACCCCACAGAUGAAGAGCAUUGUGACAUCAUCAUUGAGAAACCUACUGUAUUCAUGAAGCUUGACGCAGGGGUGAACAUGUACCAUCAUUUCUGUGACUUUGUCAACCUGUACAUUUCCCAGCACAUCAACAACUCCUUCAGCAGAAACAUCAAUAUCCUCAUGUGGGAUACGAGUUUUAGUGGAUAUGGGGAUCUGUUCAGUGAGACAUGGAAGGCUUUCUCUGACUAUGACAUCAUCCAUCUGAAAACAUUUGACACUAAAAGGGUGUGCUUCAAAGAUUCCGUGUUCUCCCUGCUCCCCAGGAUGAGAUAUGGGCUGUUCUAUAACACACCUUUGAUAUCUGACUGCUACAGUGAAGGGAUGUUCAGGGCCUUCUCCCAGCAUGUUCUAUAUCGACUCAGCGUUCCACAGGAUGGACCCAUGGAGGGGAGGAUUCGGGUGACGUUGUUGGCACGCAGCACAGACUACCGUAAGAUAUUGAACCAGCAGGAGCUCACAAACGCCCUGAAGACUGUACCUCUACUUGAGGUCAGAGUGGUGGAUUACAAAUACAAGGACGUUCCGUUCCUGGAGCAGCUCAGCAUUACCCACAACUCUGACAUCUUCAUCGGGAUUCACGGGGCAGGACUUACUCAUCUGCUCUUCCUUCCUGAUUGGGCCGUCAUCUUUGAGCUAUAUAAUUGUCAGGAUGAGAGCUGCUAUCGAGAUCUGGCUCGGCUACGGGGGAUCCGAUAUAUGACCUGGCAGAAAAGGGACAAAGUGCUCCCAGAAGAUAAGGGUCACCAUCCCACCCUGGGGGAUCAUCCUAAGUUCACCAACUACUCCUUUGACGUGGAGGAGUUCAUGCGUCUGGUGCUGGAAGCAGCAGACUACGUCCUGCACCACCCCAAGUGGCAGCACCCACCCAGCCAUGAUGAACUGUAACCUGCAGCACCCCAAGUGGCAGCACCCACCCAGCCAUGAUGAACUGUAAGCCUGCAGCACCCCAAGUGGCAGCCCCCGCCCAGCCAUGAUGAACUGUAAGCCUGCAGCACCCCAAGUGGCAGCCCCCACCCAGCCAUGAUGAACUGUAAGCCUGCAGCACCCCAAGUGGUAGCCCCCACCCAGCCAUGAUGAACUGUAAGCCUGCAGCCCCCACCCAGCCAUGAUGAACUGUAAGCCUGCAGCACCCCAAGUGGCAGCCCCCGCCCAGCCAUGAUGAACUGUAAGCCUGCAGCACCCCAAGUGGCAGCACCCACCCAUCCAUGAUGAACUGUAAGCCUGUAGCACCCCAAGUGGUAGCCCCCACCCAGCCAUGAUGAACUGUAAGCCUGCAGCCCCCACCCAGCCAUAAUGAACUGUAAGCCUGCAGCCCCCACCCAGCCAUGAUGAACUGUAAGCCUGCAGCCCCCGCCCAGCCAUGAUGAACUGUAAGCCUGCAGCCCCCACCCAGCCAUGAUGAACUGUAAGCCUGCAGCCCCCGCCCAGCCAUGAUGAACUGUAAGCCUGCAGCCCCCACCCAGCCAUGAUGAACUGUAAGCCUGCAGCCCCCACCCAGCCAUGAUGAACUGUAAGCCUGCAGCCCCCACCCAGCCAUGAUGAACUGUAAGCCUGCAGCCCCCGCCCAGCCAUGAUGAACUGUAAGCCUGCAGCCCCCACCCAGCCAUGAUGAACUGUAAGCCUGCAGCCCCCGCCCAGCCAUGAUGAACUGUAAGCCUGCAGCACCCCAAGUGGCAGCACCCACCCAGCCAUGAUGAACUGUAAGCCUGCAGCCCCCACCCAGCCAUGAUGAACUGUAAGCCUGCAGCCCCCGCCCAGCCAUGAUGAACUGUAAGCCUGCAGCCCCCACCCAGCCAUGAUGAACUGUAAGCCUGCAGCCCCCACCCAGCCAUGAUGAACUGUAAGCCUGCACCACCCCAAGUGGCAGCCCCCGCCCAGCCAUGAUGAACUGUAAGCCUGCAGCCCCCGCCCAGCCAUGAUGAACUGUAAGCCUGCAGCCCCCACCCAGCCAUGAUGAACUGUAAGCCUGCAGCCCCCACCCAGCCAUGAUGAACUGUAAGCCUGCAGCCCCCACCCAGCCAUGAUGAACUGUAAGCCUGCAGCCCCCGCCCAGCCAUGAUGAACUGUAAGCCUGCAGCCCCCCAAGUGGCAGCCCCCACCCAGCCAUGAUGAACUGUAAGCCUGCAGCCCCCCAAGUGGCAGCCCCCACCCAGCCAUGAUGAACUGUAAGCCUGCAGCCCCCGCCCAGCCAUGAUGAACUGUAAGCCUGCAGCCCCCACCCAGCCAUGAUGAACUGUAAGCCUGCAGCCCCCGCCCAGCCAUGAUGAACUGUAAGCCUGCAGCCCCCACCCAGCCAUGAUGAGCUGUAAGCCUGCAGCCCCCACCCAGCCAUGAUGAACUGUAAGCCUGCAGCACGAGGACAGUUUGGUGGAGUCAAACACACGACUAAAACACAGUCGUCUUAUAAAUCUAAAAGUAUGUUUAAUUCUAGUUCUUGUAUAUUAUGAAGGUUAAAUUUAAGUUCACAACAUCACUUUUCAGCUAUUUAUUAUUUAAUUUUUUUCUGCAGUGAGUCUUUAACACAGCCUUCUAGGCCAACACAGCCCAAGGUCCAUCUCAGUAGCGAUAAUUAAGAGAAAUCCAAUGGCCUUGGCAAACUUAGAGUACCUGCUACCAUUUUCCUUGUUAGAGAACAGUAGAUGUGCUAUACAUACACUCCUUACAACAAAUGACUAUUUCUAUUACAAGCUGCCACUGGUGCUUACCGUAAUGAUCAUUUGUUUACUUUCUAAAACAAUGGGUUUAUUUUCUGCAUUUUCUGAUUAAACUGGUGUGUUGUAGACAGACAGGGAUGGAACUUUCAACAUGUUGUAAAUGUGCCCAUUUUAUCAACCCCGCAGAAUUGUCUUUGCAACUAUUUUGUCGUCACUACAUAUAGUAAACUUCCAGGAAAGGGAAAACACAAGUGAUAUAAUCAAUCUAAAGCUGCAUGUUUUAUUUAUAAGUGAAAGGGAGUCAGACCUUUUGGUCAAUGUUUUGGAAAGUCUUGUAAGUCAUGUUUUAUUUCAAAGCCAUGGAAAUUUUUUGAAAUAAACAUUUUCAAAAGUG